AUGGAGAGCUCUGCCAAGAUGGAGAGCGGCGCGGGCCAGCAGCCCCAGACGCAGCCCCAGCAGCCCUUCCUGCCGCCCGCAGCCUGCUUCUUUGCCACGGCCGCGGCGGCGGCGGCGGCGGCGGCGGCUCAGAGCGCGCAGCAGCAGCAGCAGCAGCAGCAGCAACCACAGGCGCCGCAGCUGAGCCCGGCGGCCGACGGCCAGCCCUCAGGGGGCGGUCACAAGUCAGCGCCCAAGCAAGUGAAGCGCCAGCGCUCGUCCUCGCCCGAGCUGAUGCGCUGCAAACGCCGGCUCAACUUCAGCGGCUUCGGCUACAGCCUGCCGCAGCAGCAGCCGGCCGCCGUGGCGCGCCGCAACGAGCGCGAGCGCAACCGGGUCAAGCUGGUCAACCUGGGCUUCGCCACCCUGCGGGAGCACGUCCCCAACGGCGCGGCCAACAAGAAGAUGAGCAAGGUGGAGACGCUGCGCUCCGCCGUCGAGUACAUCCGCGCGCUGCAGCAGCUGCUGGACGAGCACGACGCGGUGAGCGCUGCCUUCCAGGCUGGCGUGCUGUCGCCCACCAUCUCCCCCAACUACUCCAACGACAUGAACUCCAUGGCCGGUUCGCCCGUGUCGUCCUACUCGUCGGACGAGGGCUCCUACGACCCCCUGAGCCCCGAGGAGCAAGAGCUGCUCGACUUCACCAACUGGUUCUGA